CGCCCUGUGUUUUCUUCCAGAACUGCUACGAGAUGGACCGGUACCUGAAGGAUGAGCCUCGGGCCAAGGUCGGCGGCCGGAAGCUGGGCGGCUGCGAGCUGGAGUUCCCGUGGCAGAGCUCGUACGAGGAGUGCCCCCGCGACUCCCCUUCGCCACCUGUGCGUCUCUACACCAAGCUCGGGAGGCCCAUCAAGGGCGGCAGACAUCCCCGGCUCCUCGUCAAGGUCAAGACUGAGGCCCUCAGCUCCGACCUGAAUAUCAAGCAGGAGCCGUGCGAGGGGGAGGAGCCCUGCAAGCAGGAGCCGCAGGAGGAGGAGGUGGUAGUCAAGAGCGAGCCCCUAGAAGACCUGGACGACCCUCUCAGCCAGGACGACAUGUGCGGCUCGGAGCGGUCGCUGGACUCGGUGUCCGUGUCGUCCUCCUCGUCGGCUUCGUCGCUGGCUUCCCUGGAGGGCGACCUUGAAGCCCCCGUGAGCGUCGGCGGCCAGAGUCCCACUCGGGGCCGGGCUCUCAUCUCGUGGGCGUCCUCCGAAGACAUGGCUGCCGACUCGCGCCUCGAGGCCGGCGUGCGACGAGGGUCAGGGACAUCUUUUUUUGCAGCAACGAAACUGCUGACGGCCAAGUCGGCACCCAAUAUCGCCACGCUGACCCCGCCUUCCUCCCCCGAAACCUCUCCGGUCACUCACACUCACACACUCCUCAAGGUUCACGCUCGCUCACAAGUGCCAAAGUUUAUAUCCUUCGCCACCACCCUGCCCCUCAAGACUAGCAGCAGCAACAACAGCAGUAGCCUCAGUAUGGGCGUCCGGGACAUGAGCAUGGGCGUGCACGCUCGGGCAGCAGACUCGUCCCCGGAUGCCAAGCGACGGGUGCACAAGUGCCUCUUCCCAGGCUGUAAGAAAGUCUACACGAAAUCCUCGCACCUCAAGGCCCACCAGCGAACACACACAGGUGAGUACGGCGCCGACGCUCGGCCGAGAACCUGUACAAGGGGCUAGAGGUAAACAAAAGGGCAUGGGUAGAAUUAAACCAAAUGGCA